UUGCAUGAUUAUAGCAUUAUUGAGCAAACGGCACUAAGAGACAAACGCAAUGCAGCUCAAAUAUUUUUGGAUGAGUGGAGUACUAUGGAGAGAAACAGACCAACAUUAAAAUUAUUACAGGAACUUCUUACAAAAGCUAAAUUAUUUAGAGCUGCUGACUAUGUUGCAUGUGAUAUAUUAAAACAGGAAAGACCAAAAAGGCCAGAUUAUGGUCCAGCUGCUUCUGUCGAUAUAAGUGAUGAAGCCAUAGAUAAAUUAGUACAUGAUAAGCUAAUGCUUUUACAAAAUACAUUUCCUGAUCAUUUGUUGGAAUGUAAUGCCAAUCAUAAAUCAGCAGAGGAAAAACAUGCAGACGAUAUGCCAUAUGGAGGCUCGAUUCAAGAAUUAAGUUCUGAAGAAUUGCCAGUGCCAGUUAUUUCUUAAUAGCUGCAAAUAACUCGCAGAAAAAUGUUUAUAUGAAGAAAUAUUUUAUAUUAAUCUAGAUUUAUAAUUUGUCUAUUGUAAUAUACAUGUGAAUAAAUAAAUGUUAUAUUUUGAAUA